GUGUCCGUGGUUUGCCUCACACUGACCAUAGUGACGUACCUUCGGUUUCCAACCUUGAGGACUGUGCCCGGGAUAAACAAUAUAUUCUUAAGCCUGAGUCUGCUGCUCGCACAAGUAUUUUUGAUGACGAGUUAUCACGUGUAAGUCCUUGAACUUUUAAUCAAGUUUUUUCAUUUUCUUAGAGUUUGGCUUGUUUGGUUAAAAGAAACUGCUCGUUGGGUCGAUAACAGGUAUGUGUAUGAUGCUGUUUUUUCGACUAAUGUGGACAUGUUUAGAAUCAUAUAGACUCAUUCAUUCAUAUUUAGAAUUAUAUGGAAUAAUUUGUUAAUCUUUUCCCGUAAUAUUUUGCUGCCCGUAUGAGACUCUAUUUUCGCUAUUUGAGAUAUGGUAAUAUCAAAACAGUAUCAAGGGUCCAGAAAUGUUUUGACCCAUCGUGUCCAGGGCUUCAUAUCUCCACAUCUCAGCCAUCAGUGUAUAAAUACAACUGCCGGAGUUAAUUAAUAAUCUAUGGGGGGGGGGGGCAAGAUGGGGGUUGGUGUGAGGAUUGGGGGCUAAAUUAGCUGAACUCGUAAUUCUGCUUAGUUUAGUUGUUUUUUUUUUUUUUAGAAGUUAGCAUCUUUGGGCCAAAAUUACAUAUUUAGUCAAAAUGGAAGUAAAAUAAAUGAAAUAUUAAAUUAUGUUAAGAAACAAUCUAAAUUAUCAAUUUUUACAUCGAUUUUCCAGAAGAAGCCCUGGCCUGCUCUGCACCACUGUCGGUAUCCUAACCCACUUCUUGUGGCUGUGGAUGUUCUCAUGGACGUUCAUCUGUAGCUGCCAUAUGUUCAGGGUCUUCUCCUCUAAAACGGCCAACGUCACGCUUGCCCCGAACUCCGGUGCGAAAACUAUGAUUAGAACUGUGCUGCUAUCCUUGAUACCACCAAGCAUCAUAGUGGCAACUGUUAUUGUAACAACGACACUGUCUUUCAAAACGAUUGGCUACGGACAUGCGAGCUGUUAUAUUGAUUCGCGGAUUGUUAUG